AUGAAGUGCAUAAUCUGCUAUUCCAAUAGUUCCAAAUAUCAAAUUUUCAUCAAAAACAUUCUACCCAAGUUUAGACCUUACAAUGAAGUUUCCUGUUCCCCCUUUCUUCUCAGGGUUCUUUACAUUUUUGAUUCUUACAAUAAUAAUCUCAUUGAUUUAUAUAUCGUUUUCCAUAUAAAAGCUUACCAAGAAAUCUACUUAUUGAACAAAUAUGUCAACAAGUAUAGUCUAAAACAAGAUAAUUUAUAACGCACCAUGGCUGAUUCUGGGAUUAUCUCGAAUGUGAAAUUUGCAAAUUCGUAUCAAUUUAAUAUUGAUAGGGUUAUUGAAUCAGAUGUUGGUCAUAAGGCACUGCAGGGUAUGUUUUAUAGUUUUAUUAAAAUUAAAAGCAUAUUAAAAUAAAUUAUAUGAAAUAGCUCUCACUUUUGAUAUUUGAAUAUCUGAAGACCAAGUUUCAGCAUGUAGCCACUAAAUAAGUGAAAUAUAAGUAUCAUGUAACUAAGUCUUUGUAUCACAGCUAGAAAUGGAAUAGGGAGAGUGCAUGAAUAUCUUGAACAAUAAAGGAAAUAAGGUUACGACCACUUACUUUAAUUUUUCACUAUUAAACCUCUUUUUCAAAUAAUUUCAACGUAUUGGAGUGGUAAUUUAUUUUAUCGUGAUGAUUCUUCAUUUCUCUGUCUUUGGAACUACUGAUGAAGAACUUAUUGUUUAUGUAGUUCCUUUAACAAUGCAUUUGGUGCUAUAAAUAUCUAAGUCUCUUUACUUUGAUCAUAUAAAGAGAAAGGAGGAUUAAAUUGUCAAUGACAGGAAAGUUACACGUUUUCGGAGACUUAGAAGAGACAAACCAAAAUAAUUAAUGACUCAAUAAUAACAACAACAAUAGUCAUCCUUUAAAAAACCUAAAACAUCCCUUUAUGAGAAUUGUUCUUGGUAAUAGAUUGAAUUAGGGGAUAUUAUUUAUUUAAAACGAAAUGAAAUAUGUCCAGCUGAUAUGUUAUUAUUGGAUGUGUCUGAUGAAAUACUUUAAGUCUAAACUCAAAAUUUUCGAGGUCAAACUAUUGAUUAAAUAAGACAGCCUACUUAAUUAACUAUGCUAAAAAACGGGCGUAAUAGAUUAUAAGGAUUUGAUUAUAAAAAAUUAUUAACUGGUAGUAUCCAAUAUAACAUAUAAGAUGCUUAAAUCUUCGGAUUCAUUAAAUUAAAAAAAGAUCCGAAAGGAGAAUAAUUUGAAAACAGAAACAUCUUAUUUAGAGAAGAAUAAUUAAAAACUUGUUAAUAUGUGAUAGGAGUAGUGUUAUAGACUGGUAAUAAUUGUUUUUGUUAUUUAAAUAUGGAGAAAUAAGAAAAGAAAUCAUUUUUUGUGUAGAAAUCUAGUAUGUUUUUUGCUUUAACCCUUGGGAUAUCUUUGAUGAUUUCAAUAUUUAGUUGGUUUUUAGCUUCAUUUGCAGCAUGUUUGCCAUAUAAUUAAGCUGAUUUUGAUGGUAUAACUCUUGCUUUUUAUUUACUUUAAUAUUUAAAGACAACUCCAAUAUUUUUUUAUAAUUGUAUUGAUUUGAUAGAAGUGAUUAAUGCUCACAUAAAAUUUACAAAAUACAAAGGAUAAGAAAAUGCAAAUAUUGAUUAUUUACAAUUGAAUCCAGUGUCUGUUGGAGAUAUGGUGAUGACUGAAUAUGUCUGUUUUGAUAAAACAGGUACAAUAACUACUGGAGAAUGUAGAAUACAUACUAUAAUUGUUGAAGAUACAAUGUAUAAGUUUAGCUAUAACAAAAUGAAUAAAAAUUAAUGGAAUAUAUUCAAAGAUAAUAUUCAAAAUUAAGUUAAAUAAGACCCAAACUUUUAAAUGGAGGAAAUAGAAGAAUCUGAUUUGGAUGUGCAAUCUAAAAAAAUAAGACAUACAGGAAUUUUUAAAUUAACAAUUCAACAUAGAACUUCUAAAAAGAUACCUAGUUAUGAAUCAGGUAGAUAAGAUCUAGUUUCAAGUAAGAGUAUUGCAAAUCCUAUGGAUGAUGGAGAUGGUGAAAUUGAGAAUAUGAGAUUAGAAGAUUUUGAUGAUACUCAUUAUAGAAUAACUCCAUAACUUUGUACUAACAAGCCAAAACCAUUUUUUAAUAAAAAAGCAUUUGCUACAGCACCAGUUUAAAUAAAUGUUAGUUAAGGAGGAGGUAUGCAUUAACUUUAAGAGGAUGAAAUGCUUAUUAAGCAAUCAUCAUAUAAGGAUGAGUAGAGAUCUUUUGAUAACAAAUCAAUAAUGAGUAGAAAGAUUAUAGAAAAUUCACCAAGAGAUGCAAAAAGACAACAAAGCAUUAAAAAAUCUAUGUAAAUGGAUAAAGUUGCUGAAGAAGAUUUAGAGAUUAUCUUUUCAAGAGAAAAUGAUUUCUAUAAACAUCUUGUUAAUGGGUUAAACAAGUUAAUAUAUUAAGAAGCUAUUUUGUCUCUUCUUCUAUGUUAAGAGAUCGUUUCUAGAUAUUCUCCAAGUGAGGAUCAUUUUAUGCAUGAUUCAACAUAAUUUACUUUUGAUCAAGAGCUUUUGAGAUUUGUAAGUUUGUUAGAUAUUAAAUUUUUGUGUUGUAAUGAAUUCAAUGGCAAAAUUGUCUACAUUAUAGAUUUCUUUGGGGAAGUUCUUGAAUUUCAAGUUAUGGCAAAUUAUCAUAAUGGAACAUAAUAAGGAGUUUUAAUACUUUAUCCUGAUAAGUUGUAAGAGAAAUUUCUUUUGAUUAAUGAAAGUGAUCCUAUGGAAAGUUUACAGUAUAUUUUCAUAAUGAGGGAAGAAACCAAUUCUUUGCCUAUGUAUAUUGAUGUUGACAAAGGAAGCAGAGAAUAUUGGGAUAAAGUAUUCUCCAAAUUGCAUAUGUGUGGUAUGAGAUCAGUUAUUUAUUCAAAAAUCUACCUAAAAGAUAAAGAUGCAAGUCUUUUUAUGUCUAGAUAUUAAGGUGAAGAAGGUAUGAAGGCUUUCAAUGAAAUAUCCAAAGAUAUGUAAAUUGUUUAAGUUGUUGGAGUCAAAGAAUAGAUGAGAAAAGACACUAAACCUUUAAUCCAUCAAAUGAAAUAAGCUGAUCUGAGCUUAUAUCUCUUGAGUGGAGAUGAAAUCAGCAGAGUCUUACCUAUCGCAUUUAAAUCAAAAAUUGUUAAUUAAAAUGACACUCUUCUGUACUUAGAUAAUGAAAAUGCCAGAGUUGUUAUGAAAAAUCACCUUACUAUUAUUUCUUAAUAUUUAAAAUUAGAUGAAUAAACUACAUCCAAACCUAUGAGAAUGAGUACUCUUGACAAACAUCAUAGGUCAUUCAUAUAAGAGGAAAGAUGUAUAACUUAUCCUGAUAUCAAAUCAUUCAGCAUUGUUUUAAGUGGAGAUUACUUUAAUGACAUUCUCUAAGACAGUUAUUUAUUAUCUCACUUUAUGUUUCUCUUAUAUCUUUGUAAUUCUUUGGUUGCUUAUAAGUUUAAUUCCCAAUAAAAGGCCAAAAUCAUUAACAUUAUCUAAACUCAAUUUAUUGGCAAUAAACGUGUCCUAGCUGUUGGUGACUCCUAUAAUGAUAUUCAUAUGUUUUGCUAAUCAAAUAUUGGAGUUCAAUAUUGCCAUUAUCCUAUUUAAAAUUAGUCUUAUUAGAGAGGCAAUACUAAAUUAAAAUUAAAUAGAAAAGUCACUUCUAAUAAAUUAUUAGAUAACCCUUUAAAUCGUAAAUUCAUUUAAAAUGAUAUGUGGAUUAUACCCACAGCUGAUGUGUGUUUAAAGGAUUACGUAAAUUUAAGUGCCUUAAUGUUUUUUGAGAGUAGAAUUUUUGCUGAAGUCUAUGAUGAUUUAUUAGUUUUCUCUUUUUAUAGAUCUUUACUUAUAAUUUAUAUAUUAUUUCUCUAUUAUGCAACCUAUUGUAGUUAAAAUAAUACUAUUUUUACAGGUACAUGGCUAACUGUUUAUUAGAGUAUCUUGUUAUUUAUUCAAUAAUUAGUAAGUUUAAAAUCUAAAAUGCAAAGAUAAUAUGAUAAAGAUUCUAUCACUUAUAUCGAUCAAUUUAAGAAUAACAUAAAAAUAUUCAAAAAAAAGAAAGUUUUAUCAUUUAUUUUGAAAAUAAAUGGGAAUGCUUUGUUAGAUGCUGCGUUGCUCUAUAUUUCCUUAAGAAUAUUAGAUGAUAUUGCUAUUGAUUCAUUUAAAUAAAUGCUAUUAAUCCUAUUGAUUUUAAGUGAUAUUGUUAAAUUAAUUGUUUCAACCAAUUACAGUAAAUAUGCUUGGAUUGCCUUUAUUAGCACAUAUUUUGUUUGUUGGCUCAUAAUGGCAAUUUUGACAGCAUACUUUGAUAAUAUGGAUGGUUUUGUAGAAUUUUUAAUUUUACCAUAAACUUGGCUAUCACUCUUUUCAUAUGGAUUUGCACAAUAUUGUUUAAGUAGUAUAAUUGAAAUGAUUUAACCACUUUUUUGUUAAUCAUUGAUUGACAAACAACAAUAUGAUGAAGUUUAAAAUUAUAUUAUUAAACCUUCGAAAAAUGGUGCCAAAAAAUAUCAUAAUUUGAUCAGGAGAUUUGCGCAAUUAGCAGGAAAAGUUUUUAAGAAAAAUAAGGAUGAAAUGGAUAUUGCUAUAUAAGAUGUAAUUUGUGAAUUAAAAGUUAAUUCUGAUAAAAUCAAUCGAUUUACCCUAAGAUUCCUCAACAAGGACACCGAAAUGAAAUUUAAAAGAAUGUCAAAAUUGAGAUGGAUUAAGUUUGAAAAACUCAAAUUAGGUUUAUCAUUAAUAUUUUUGGAAGUUUUUGCUUUAAUCAUUUACAUACUGACUUAUAAAACAGAUAUUCAAACUAAAACCUAUUUUAUUAUUUAUAUCCUUAGUAUUAGUGGUUAAUCCUUAUUGAUAAUAAUGAUUUUUUCAAGCAUUUAUUAGAAAAAUUUCUUUUAAAUAAAUUUAAUUAUAGCUAUUAUUAGACUGUUGACCAAAAUGAUAUCUGAUUUUGGAUAGGAUGGAACUUACGAUAUAUUAUUAAGUUAGUCUUACAUAGUAAUAAUAAUAUUUUCUAAAUUGCAUAUUCCAUUACUUAACUUUAUAAUUGCAACUUUAUCAAUAAUAGGUUUUUUUNUGGCUAACUGUUUAUUAGAGUAUCUUGUUAUUUAUUCAAUAAUUAGUAAGUUUAAAAUCUAAAAUGCAAAGAUAAUAUGAUAAAGAUUCUAUCACUUAUAUCGAUCAAUUUAAGAAUAACAUAAAAAUAUUCAAAAAAAAGAAAGUUUUAUCAUUUAUUUUGAAAAUAAAUGGGAAUGCUUUGUUAGAUGCUGCGUUGCUCUAUAUUUCCUUAAGAAUAUUAGAUGAUAUUGCUAUUGAUUCAUUUAAAUAAAUGCUAUUAAUCCUAUUGAUUUUAAGUGAUAUUGUUAAAUUAAUUGUUUCAACCAAUUACAGUAAAUAUGCUUGGAUUGCCUUUAUUAGCACAUAUUUUGUUUGUUGGCUCAUAAUGGCAAUUUUGACAGCAUACUUUGAUAAUAUGGAUGGUUUUGUAGAAUUUUUAAUUUUACCAUAAACUUGGCUAUCACUCUUUUCAUAUGGAUUUGCACAAUAUUGUUUAAGUAGUAUAAUUGAAAUGAUUUAACCACUUUUUUGUUAAUCAUUGAUUGACAAACAACAAUAUGAUGAAGUUUAAAAUUAUAUUAUUAAACCUUCGAAAAAUGGUGCCAAAAAAUAUCAUAAUUUGAUCAGGAGAUUUGCGCAAUUAGCAGGAAAAGUUUUUAAGAAAAAUAAGGAUGAAAUGGAUAUUGCUAUAUAAGAUGUAAUUUGUGAAUUAAAAGUUAAUUCUGAUAAAAUCAAUCGAUUUACCCUAAGAUUCCUCAACAAGGACACCGAAAUGAAAUUUAAAAGAAUGUCAAAAUUGAGAUGGAUUAAGUUUGAAAAACUCAAAUUAGGUUUAUCAUUAAUAUUUUUGGAAGUUUUUGCUUUAAUCAUUUACAUACUGACUUAUAAAACAGAUAUUCAAACUAAAACCUAUUUUAUUAUUUAUAUCCUUAGUAUUAGUGGUUAAUCCUUAUUGAUAAUAAUGAUUUUUUCAAGCAUUUAUUAGAAAAAUUUCUUUUAAAUAAAUUUAAUUAUAGCUAUUAUUAGACUGUUGACCAAAAUGAUAUCUGAUUUUGGAUAGGAUGGAACUUACGAUAUAUUAUUAAGUUAGUCUUACAUAGUAAUAAUAAUAUUUUCUAAAUUGCAUAUUCCAUUACUUAACUUUAUAAUUGCAACUUUAUCAAUAAUAGGUUUUUUUAGAAAGUUUAGCGUUGGGGAGGAUUACUAUCAAAUUAUUAAUGGUAAUUUAAUAGUUUUGAUAACUUUAAUUCUAUUUAUAUCUUUAUAAUAUAAAUUGAAUAUGUUAGAAAAGUAAGAUUUCAUGAUAACGGCGACACUAAAUUAAGAGAUGACAUAAAUGACAAAUGUCUUAUCGAUACUUUUACCAAAAUUUAUAAGAGACAGAAUCAAUGCAAGUAAGAUAAAAAUUAAAUAUUUUAAGAGGGAAUGUAUGAAAUACAGGAAAAUUAAGGGGAAGUUUCAAUAUUAUUCUGUGAUAUAUGUGGAUUUGAUGAUUUGAUUGCGAUAGAAAAAGAGAACAUAGUUAAUUUAUUGGAUGAUCUAUUUAGAGGAUUUGAUGCAUUAUGUGUUUCAAAUGGAAUGUAAAAGAUUGAGACUGUUGGAAAGACUUAUAUGGCAGCAGGAGGAUUAAAAGCUGUUGAUUAAGGAACCAAGUUUAUUAAUUAAAGUGCAGUGAAAAGAGUAAUUGAUUAUGAUAUAUUUAAGGCAGUUUAAUUAUCUCUUGAAAUGAUGGAAUAUUCCAAGAAGUUUAAAUUUGGAUAAACUGGCAAUAUUAGAAUUAAAAUAGGAAUUCAUUAUGGUCGAGUAAUUGCAGGAGUUAUUGGGCAUCAUAAACCUCAAUUUUCAUUGAUUGGAGAUACUGUUAAUACAACUAGUAGAGUUUGUUCAACUGGGUAAGAUGGAGAAAUAACUAUUUCUAAUGAAGCUUAUAUGGAAUUAAAUAUGCCAGACUUAUAAUUUAAUUAGAGAAAGGUUAAUGCUAAAGGUAAAGGAGAACUAAUUACAUGGUAAAUCAUCACUUAAAUUAAGAGAAAUACAGAUAAAAAAGAAAGAAAAAAGAAGGGACUGAUUCCUAAAUUUGAUUAAAGUUAAUAAGAAUAAUAAUAAACUAUGAAUAGAUUAGAAUCUGUAACCCCAAAAUCUGAACAUCGUUAAUUAAAAAUACCACACUAAAAAUCAUUUGAUGUGUUAGCACGGGAUUCUUAUUCAAAAAUUGAAUAAUAAUAGUCCCAAGAUAAUAAUAAUUCGAUGAGUUAAAAUUAAUUAAAGGAGUCUUAAUAAAAAGACUUAAUUCCUUUAAGAAAAAAAGGUUAGAGAGGACCUACUCUAAUUAUGAAACAGUAAGAAAAUAGAUCUUCUUUAGCUCUGCAAUUGUAACACUCAGGCAGCUAGAAUGCUUUAUAAUAAACAAGUAAUAGGAAUCUUCCUCCUAUCAUUGUAUAUUAACCUGAAGAAAGUUUGCAUUCUAAUAAUAAUUUUAGAGAAGAGUCAUUUCAUGAAAAAAAUCAAACAAAUUUACUCCAUGAUUUAUCAUAAAAGUUAAGAAGAGAUUUAUAUAUAGAAAUGAUUGACGAAACACCUGACUACGAAAUUGAAAUUGAAAAAAUUUAAUUCGAUGAAGAUGAAUAAAUUAUAAGUGAAACACUUUAAUUAGAGAAAUCUAAAUUUUAUCUUGAUUUCAAAGAUAGCCAAAAAGAUCUGGCCAAAGAAUUCAUGGAAUAAAAGGAAGGUAUAAAUAUAGUUUUAAUAUUAUUAUUGCACUUUGUGUAAUAUAUUUCCAAGACUGUCACUCUCUUAUAUAUGUAGAAUGAAAAAAAUUGGCUAAUAGUUUUUGUAUUAAGAUUUAUAGUUUCUAUGAUCUUGUUAAUCUUAACAUUACUUUAGAAUAAGAAAUUAAAACAUCGAUUUUACAAAUAUGAAUAUUUCCUUACUACUUAUAUUGCACUUUUAAUCAGUAUUAUAUUCGAAUUGAUUAUUUUAACAAAGAAAUCUGUAGAAUUAUAAGCAGCUGAAGGAAUCUUAUUAAUUUGUUUCUUUUCAUCAAUCCCAAACAUUUAGAUAAAAUUCAAAAUUUGCUUUAACUUUUGCUUUUUUGUAGCUUAAUUAUUAAUAGUAUUAAUUAAAUACAAAGAUUUAUCUGUGGCUUAUUAUACAGUUUUCUAAAGUUGUAUGACUUUCAUAAUUUAAUACCAUCUCUUUUUUUAAGACCUUGGUACCUUCAACAAUAAAAGAUCACUUGAAACUAAAAAGAUGCAAACUCAAAAUUUAGUAAAGUAUUUGCUCCCAUCUCAUAUAUUAAAAUAGUUUUUAUCGAAUACUAAUUAGAGAAUGGUAUUAGUUGAUUAAUUUGAAGAUGCAACAUUGUUAUUUGCAGAUAUUGCUGGAUUUACAGAAUAUUCUAGUUAAGUCGAGCCUGAAUAAGUUGUAAAUAUGCUUAGAAAUUUAUUCACUGAAUUUGAUAAAAAAUGUUUAACUUAAAAUGCUUAUAAAUUGUAUACAAUAGGAGAUUGUUAUGUUGCUUUUGGUAUAGUUGAUGUAACCUAAAGAAAUCCAGCUUAAGAAGCUAAAAAUGUAGUUGAAUUAGGUUUUCAAAUGAUAGAAACAAUAAGAUAAGUGAGAACAAUAAUUGGUUUUGAUGGAUUAGAUAUGAGGAUUGGAAUUCAUACAGUAAGAUUGUAUUUAAUUUGUAUUAUAGGGUUGCGUAAUUGGAGGAAUUUUGGGUACUGAAAUAGUGAGAUAUGAUGUUUAUGGAGCUGAUGUAAUGAUUUCGAAUAAAAUGGAAUCAAAUGGAGAACGUGGUUAAGUUCAAGUGUCUGAAGAAACCAAACAGUUACUUGAACAAAGCUUUCCUGAUCAAUUUCUAUUUACUUUUAAUAAAGAGGUUGAAUUUAAAUCAAUAAAUCGAAAAACAAAAGGCUACUUUAUAUAGCCAAUCAGAAAUGAUAGUAAUGAUGAUUUCGAAGAUCCUAAGAACUUAUAAUUAGUUAAAGAAAUUGACUAAUAAUAUAAUCGAAGAUCAUGA